UCUUUACCCGUCAAUUUUAAAAAUAAAGUGGGGUGGCAAACGUUCUAUGAAUUAUUUUUAUGAGUGAGAUUUAUAUGAUUUCUUAAAAUAAUAAAGUCUUAGAAUAUUCAAUCGCUCAUUCUCAGUGAAAAGCACGGUUAUGUUAUGGUCAGUCGCCUAUUUGCGAUGCUCUCCCUUGGAAUAAAAGAUAUUUAUUCAUGUCUUUUUCAAAGAGUAUAUGGUUGAAUUUAAGAGGAACUCCUCCAUGGGGAUUUCGUUUGAGAGGAGGAAAAGGAACAGGGUCUCCUCUUGUAAUUUCGAGGGUCAAUUCAAAAGGGCGGCAGCAAGGUUUGAAAGAAGGUGACUGUGUGUUGUCGGUGAAUGGAAAGUCAGCUUUAGAUAUGACGCACGCUGAUGCACAGCGAGCAUUAAAAGAUUCUAAUGAUAGCUUGGAGCUUCAGCUUGAAAGGAACAUCGUUAUUCCAGAAACUAAUAGAAAUGGUGCGAAUCAGAACGGUCGAACUGAAGAAGAUAAUAAUGUGACUUCUCAUUUGAAUGCCUUGGAUGAAUACAUGAAUCAAUUAGAUGUUAAUUCUUGGUCGACUGAUUCGACGAGUACUGGAUCAACAACGAUACAUGUCAGUUCUUUAAAUUCAGACGAACUAUCAAGUUCUGAUGGAGUAUGGUCACCUACAACAAAACGUGCCAAUCUUCGUUUAAACUGCAAUCUCCGAACUUCAAACAAAAGUCCAGAACCUCUACAGUCAAACGAAGAUAAAAACAAUACUCCCACCAAACAAGAGAAGGAAGAAGAAUCCAGUCCAGUUUGGCAACCGUUUGGUGCGCCGUGUGAGGUUCAGUUUAGACCAGUGAAGCUCGAAAUCAAAUCUCCAAAAAUGACAACAACCGCACAACAGAAUGAUAUACCAAAGAAAAAAGAACCAGAGAAAUCAGAAUCUAAACUCGAAUCUCCUAAACCUGCAGAAAACCUCAAGAAAUCAGAUUCCUCUACGAGUAAUGGACCAACAGAAGACUACAAACCUCCAGAUAUAUCAUCUGCACCAACUACUUUCACAAAAAGUGGAUGGAGUAGUCAUUUACCUCCUUCCCAAAGUCCGACAAUUACACUUUUACAAAAAGCUAGAGAAGGACAAAUACCAAAGGGCGCUAUUUAUAUAGAAGACAAGCCUGACACAACACCGAUACCAAAGAAUGCAGUUUUAAUUGACCAAAAAGUGAUCGUCGAAGGUGACAAAGUACACACGGACAGCUAUUAUGCUGUGCCAACAGUUACGACAGAAACCACAACGCAUUCUGUUAAGGGUCAACCUCCCAAAUAUGAUGGCAUUGGUCCAACAGAAUAUGGAAUUCCAGUAGGUCUUCGAACGGGUGUAAAAGAAGAAUACGCCAGUGACUGGUAUAAAAGCAUGUAUAAGUCGUUGCAUAGAGUUAAAUUUCCUAACGAAGGUGGUCAUACACAAAUGGUUCAUCUUGGUGGAUACAUGUCUGAACCCGAGUUUGAUCGAAAUGAAAAGUUGAAAGCGAAAUAUGCUACUUCAGAUUAUAGACGUAAGCCCGAAAAAUCUAUGCCUGUCACAAAUAUGCGCCAGACAUCCCCAGAAAAACUUAGCCCGUUACCUGUUGAUACGACAAUAAUACGACACGAGCCUCGACGUGAAGUUUACAAAGUGGAACCACGGAGCAUCGCAGAAUACGAACCGGGAAAGUCCUCGUUAGCUGAGAAGGAGUUUCAAAAAUUUUGGAGCGAUUUUUGGGAUUCGAUGGAUGAUCUGCAUGAAUAUUUAGGAAGUAGUCCGAAAACCCAGCAAGGACUCAGCCGUCGGUGGCCAAAUGUCCUCUUAAGUGAUGGUUACGAAUCAGAUUCAACGCUAAUACGAAAAACUGGAAGAAACAUCGAAGUAGAUCCGGAACAACAGAAAUCCUGGUACAAAGAAAUACAAAAAGGAGGAGAAAUACCCCUCACCGGUCUCCGGAAAACUGUACCAGAAAAACCUACAGCGUCGCCUCAUCAAUAUCAAGAAACGGAAGUAAAUAUUCACUAUCGCGCUCCCAUAAGACAUCUUGAAAAAGAUUACAUAGAAGAAGAGGAAUUAAAGAAAAUUCAAGAAGACGCGAUGCGAAAAUUGUAUGAAGAAGAACGAAGAAAGAAACAACAACAGGAACUAGCAGAAAUAGAAAUGAGAAGGCACAGUGAUUUUUUCACACCAUCUCAAAAAUCUCCAAUUCCUCUCAAUCGCUACGACAAUCCAUUUGACUCUGCCUAUUACAGAUUGAGUCCAUCUGGAUACCAUAGGGGUCCUCCACCAAAGACUAUGGCCAGGGCUAUAUAUCCUUUUACAGCACAAACUACCAGAGAGCUUAGUCUGAAUAAAGGAGAUAUAGUUUAUAUCAAUAAGCUACUUGACAGAAAUUGGUACGAAGGCGAACAUCACGGUCUAAUAGGCAUAUUUCCUGUUUCUUAUGUAGAAAUUAUCCCCAAUGAAAAAGCAAAUUUGCAACCUCGAAAAGCAAUGGAAGGGGAAGCAAUAGUCAAAUACAACUUCAGAGCCCAAACACCAAUGGAAUUAUCUCUUUUCAAAGGAGAAAAAGUUAUUCUAUUAAGGAAAGCUGAUCGAAAUUGGUACGAAGGGCGCUUAGGUACCAAGAAAGGCAUUUUCCCUGUUUCAUACGUUCAAGUUCUUCAAGAACCAGGAGAGAGUCCUGGCCCUCGAGCCAUAUCUCCCAAACCACCAGCAAGUCCAGUAUUCAGUCCUAUUAUUAAUGGAUCACCACCAAAAUCUAAUGAAGGCCCAACAUUCAAUACCGGACUCAGGCCAAAUCAGGAAAAACCUACUCUCAAACUAGACAAACUAGAUGGCAAAUCUUCUCUCACCCAAACCCUCCAUAUAGAUACUUACAAUGAACCUAUACCCUACCGAUCAUUGUACACUUACAAACCACAAAAUGAUGACGAGUUAGAAUUAAAAGAGGGCGAUACUGUCUAUGUGAUGGAAAAAUGCGAUGAUGGUUGGUAUGUAGGAACUUCAUUAAGAACAGGACAAUUCGGAACGUUCCCUGGAAAUUAUGUUGAAAGGAUAUGAGAGGCUUAUGUUGUUUUACAGCAUGAAGUGUUUGUUUCUAGUCUUCAUGAUUUCUGCAGAUGUUGCAAAGACAUUUUUUUGUUUUGCUGCUUAAAAUAUAUCAUAUCAUAUAUAUUGCAGCAUAAUUUCUCAGAUAAUACAAAAGCAUAUUAUCAAAAGUUUGUUAAAUACUGCAUGUGUUCAAAAAAAUUUAUAGAAACGUUUCAAAACUCGAUUUUAACUAUAGAUUUAUAAAAUAUUUUAUGUCAUGAAAAUAAAUAUGUUGACCCAAC